AUGUUACCUUCUUUGAUGGAGGCAGUAGCACGCUAUUUUGUCACUCGAUUCUUAGCACGAUAUAUAUCUACUGGAUCAUUAACUAUAAUGGAGGAAGUUGGUACAGUAUUUACCUUUAAGGGAACAGAUAACAAAUUCCUUCCAAAGGACAUUGUUUUAAAAGUUCACAACCCCCAAUUUUACUGGAAGAUUAUGAAACGAGCUGACUUAGGCCUUGCAGAUGCAUACAUCAAUGAAGACUUUUCUUUUGUUGAUAAAGAUGAAGGACUUCUCAAUCUUAUCAUGGUUCUCAUAGCCAAUGAAGAUGCAAAUUCUUCCACGGCAAGACUAAAGAAGAAAAGGGGAUGGUGGACACCUCUACUAUUCACAGCUACUAUUGCGUCUGCAAAGUAUUUUUUUCAACAUGUUUUAAGACAAAACACUCUUACACAAGCUCGUAGGAACAUCUCUCGUCAUUAUGAUCUGAGCAAUGAACUGUUUUCUCUAUUCUUGGAUGAUACAAUGACAUAUUCAUGCGCUAUCUUUAAGAUGGAAGAUGAAGAUUUGGGGGUUGCACAACUAAGAAAAAUCUCUCUUCUUAUCGAAAAGGCAAGAAUUAAUAAGAACCAUCAUGUUCUAGAAAUUGGAUUUGGUUGGGGAAGCCUUGCCAUUGAAGUUGUCAAACAAACUGGAUGUCGUUAUACUGGAAUUACUUUGUCUGAGGAACAACUAAAAUAUGCCGAGAAGAAAAUUAAAGACGUUGGCCUCGAGGAUCACAUCAAGUUUCUUCUUUGUGACUAUCGUGAAUUGGCAAAUACAAACAAAUAUGAUAGGAUUAUAUCGUGCGGGAUGAUAGAACAUGUUGGACAUGAAUCUAUGGAAGAAUUUUUCGGCUCUUGUGAAUCAGUAUUAGCAGAGAAUGGUCUUCUUGUUUUACAGUUCAUAUCAAUACCGGAUGAGCGUUACGAUGAGCACCGACUAAGUUUGGAUUUUAUGAGGGAAUAUAUAUUUCCAGGAGGAUGCCUACCAUCAUUAGGUAGGAUAACAGAAGCCAUGACGACAUCAUCUCGACUUUGUGUGGAACACUUGGAAAACAUUGGAAUUCAUUAUUAUCAGACGCUGAGGUGUUGGAAAAAGAAUUUCCUAAAGAAUAAAAGGAAGAUACUUGAACUUGGUUUUGAUGAAAGUUUUAUACGGACUUGGGAGUACUAUUUUGACUAUGGUGCUGCUGGGUUUAAAUCUCGCGCCAUAGGAGAUUAUCAGAUUGUGUUUUCAAGACCUGGUAACGUUGCAACAUUCAUCAAUCCAUAUCAAGGAAUACCUUCAGCAUAA